GGCAAUUCUCAUCCAAUAGCCAACCCCUUCAAGAAAAUAAAAACCCAAAAAUUUUCAAUGUCUGGUCCGUCAGAACCAUUGUUGUUGUCUCAUGUCGGCGCCGAUGAUUCCGAUGUCGACCACAAAACCAGACCAGAAGAGUUGACUUUCGACAACAUUGUUGAACAAAGUCUAUCAGACUUUGGGUUCUGGCAACUAUUCCAGGUACUCCUCGUUGGACUCGCAUUGCUCUUCGAUGCUCAGCAGAUUUUCAUCACCGUCUACACAGACGCAUACCCCACGUGGCACUGUCUUAACCACACGAUCUGUGAUCCUUCCGCCAACAUCUGCCAGCUCCCAAGAUCAGCCUGGGAAUGGGACGGUGGCUCCAAGGACAGAUCCGUCAUUUCAGAAUUCGGACUCGAGUGCUCGAGCUCAUUAUUCCAAGGUAUGCCUAGCUCUGCUUUCUACAUUGGUGCCAUCGUUGGAGGAUUCGUUCUAGCUUUGAUUCCAGAUGGUUCCUUGGGGCGCAAGAAACUUGUUGUCUUCUCUACCUUUGCAAUGUCAGUUACGUCUAUCUCUAUUAUCUUCUCAACCAACGUAUGGAUCUACACAACCCUAAAGUUUGUCAUAGGGUUCUCGAGAUCACAGACAUGGUCUUAUGCACUGGUUCUCAUCAGUGAGCGAGUCUCCACAAGAUGGAGACCGAGAGCUACCAUGAUUCCAUUUACCUUUUUCGUUUUAGGGUUUAUGUCGUUGUCUGGAAUCGCUUUCCUUGCUCAACACUCUUCAUGGAGAUAUCUCUAUCUCUACACAGCCGUUCCCGCAAUAUUCUACUGUAUCUUCCUCUACUUUUUUGCACUUGAAUCACCACGGUGGCUUCACAUGCAAGGAAACAACGAAGAAGCUAUUCACGUUCUCAAAAGCCUGUCAUCUAAGAACAAAACCUACUUGGAGUCUUUAGUUUCUCAGUUACCCCUGGUGCAAGAAACCGUUGAAGAGCUGCCUAGGUACACGAUUAAGGACUUCUUCUUCCGAAAGUGGGCUUUUAGGAGGAUUGUAGUUGUUAUGAUCAUAAUGUUUGGAUUGGGAAUAUCAUACUACGGAGUUCCUUUAGCAGCUAGAGACAUAGACGUCAACAUCUACUUGAGCGAAACCCUAAACGCAGUGGUAGAAUUGCCUACUUUCGUUAUCACUCCAAUCUUGUUGGAGAGGUUCAACAGAAGAAGCUCUGUUCUAGUGAAUACAUUACUCGGUGGAGCCUCGGGAGUGCUUUGUUUCGUUCUAAGCGUUCUCGGAAGAACAGGGAUGGCGUUUGCGUUUGAGCUAGCGACAUUUUUCUGUGCAAGAAUCGGAUUCAACCUAAUGGCGGUUUAUAUGGUUGAAAUGUUUCCCACUUGUGUGAGAAGUACUGCAACAAUGAUGUUUAGACAGGCUCUUGUUGUUGGAGGAGCUUGUUGUCCGCUCAUUGCUUCCAUAGGAAGAGAUCUACCAUCAGUAUCCUUUGCCAUUUUCGGAAUUGCAAUGUCUGGUUUUGGAUUGUUCGCUUUGAUUCUACCUGAGACAAAAGGUUCAAGUCUUUGUGAUACAAUGGAAGAACAAGAAAAGAGAGAUCAAGCCAUAAGCACUAGCCAUUGUUGAUGAAUUAUAAAAGUUAAGCCUAUAAAAUGCUCUAUCUUCAUAUGUUUUCAAAUAUUGUAUGUGGUGUCUGUGUUGAUGCAAAAGACUUAUAAGAAGUGAGUUGAAGUAUUGUUGUGUAAACCUAAACAAUAUUUGAUACUCAUCCACAACGCUAUCAAAUGAGCGUCUAUGUCUUUGAACUAGUAACACAGCAAACAACCUGCCAAAUUGGAG